AUGUCUGGCCGCGGCAAGGGCAAGACCUCCGGCAAGAAGGCCGUGAGCAAGAGCUCCAAGGCGGGCCUGCAGUUCCCCGUGGGCCGCAUCGCCCGCUACCUGAAGAAGGGGCGGUACGCCGAGCGCAUCGGUGCCGGCGCCCCCGUGCUGGAGCUGGCUGGCAACGCCGCCCGCGACAACAAGAAGACCCGCAUCAUCCCCCGCCACAUCCAGCUGGCUGUGCGCAACGAUGAGGAGCUGAGCAAGCUGCUGGCGGGCGUGACCAUCGCCGAGGGCGGCGUGCUGCCCAACAUCCACUCCGUGCUGCUGCCCAAGAAGAGCGGCAAGAAGGCCGAGGCCUGA